AUGGAAAUUGCGAGAAGGUGUAUGUCAAGGAGUGAGAACUCGGCAGUGACUACUAUAGUCGUGAGAGGAUCAACUCAAAAUGUUUUGGACGACAUCGAACAAGCACUUGACGAUGGGAUUUGUGAAUACAAAGUCUUUGAAAGAAACAAGAAGUUUGUUGCUGGAGCUGGUGGGUUUGAAAUUGAAAUGUCGAAGAAGUUGAGUGAGUAUGGAGAUUCAAUCAAAGGGUUAACUCAGUACUCAGUCAAAAAGUUUGCAGAAGCUUUCCAAAUGGUUCCCCGUGUUCUUGCUGAGAACAGCGGGUUGGACGCAACUGAAGUCUUGAGUGAGUUGUUUGUCGCACACCAGAAUAAUCCAAAUAUGGCAGUCAACGUCGAAAGCGAGACACAACUGAUCGACGCAAAACAAGAUAUGGUCCUUGACAACUUGGAGGCAAAGAAAAAUGCCUUCAUCCUCGCUACUAACGUCUCAAUCACCAUUUUACUCGUCGAUCAAAUCGUCAUGCAAAAACCAGCCGGUGGACCUAAAAUGCCAUCUCAAAGAAUGUCGGGACCAAUGGAUCAAAACGACGCCGGAUUUUAA